AGCACUUCAGAUUCCCUGUGAUGCGGCUAAAACGCCUGAUUCUCCUGGCUUCUGCCGGGGUGAGCUCAGGGCAGACACUGGCCGAAGUGCUCACAGCCCAGAGCGCGACGCUUUCCAUGCUCAACAGCUGGCUCUCCUCGCAGGAGCUCAUCUUCACCAUUCUCAGCGGCGCCCAGGGCGUUACCCUCUUGGCUCCGAGCAACGAUGCCCUGACGGAACUCUAUAACUCGCCCCUGGCUAACCAACUGGCUCAGGACCCGAACCUGCUCACGGCCUUCCUGGCCUAUCACGUCCUCGACGGCAUCUUCUUCAAUUCCCACUUUGUCAAUACCCAGCCACACUUAUCACUCCCGACUCUGCUGGACAUUGAGACCUUCUCAAACGUCUCUGGCGGGCAGCGGAUCAUCUCUACCUCUCAGAACGGAGCCGUGACCUUCUUCUCUGGUCACGGAGCCCAGGCCGCGGUCCAAGGAGCGGAUUACAACUACGCCGGCGGGACUCUGCACAUCAUCGAGUCAUGCCUCACCAUACCAGGCAGCGUGACCAACACGCUCAUCGCGGCGGGCUUGACCGCCGCCCUCGGCGCUCUCCGGCGCUGCAAGAUGGAGGACCGGCUUAACACAGACACGGACGUGACCAUCUUUGUGCCCAACAACGACGCCUUCAAGGCCAUUGGCAGCCUGGUCGACGGCAUGACGCUCGAGCAGCUGACGACGGUGCUCAACUACCACGUCGUGCCCGGCAAGGUGCUGUACAGCCAGCAGAUCUCGGGGGGCGGCCAGGCCCUUACCGCCGAGGGGGCCAUGCUGAAUUUCAGAACGCUGGAUGGGGAGCUGUUUGUCAACAGUGCGAGGAUUGUCCAGCCGAAUUUGUUGAUUGCGAAUGGGGUUGUGCAUGUCUGUGAUGGGGUUUUGAAUCCUGCCAACGCCACCGCCGCUCCGAAUCCUUCGGCCUCUACCCAGGAACCCGCCUUCGCUGGGGCCAGCAGCACGGAUGGUGAGGUGCCUUUUACUUCUGCCAUUCCCACCGUGACCAGUCCGGCUACUUCUACCGUCAGUGGCGUGAAAGCUGAAGCUCGUGAAGCUGUCUGA